AUGGCUAUCUUCUUCUCAGUCAAAGUUCAUUUCCAAGGUGUGUUCAUCAACAAACCUUUUUGCUAUUCUGAUGGUGUUCAUCAUGUGUUUAAGAAUAUCAAUUUUGUUGAUAAUUGUUGUGUGAAGUCCAAACUGUCAAUGGAAGGGGAAGAAGGUAUUGACCUAACUGACUUCAUGAGUCCACAACAAAGCAACAUGGAAGGAGUAACCUUUGAAGGAGUAAGUCAAGUUAAUGGAAAUGAGGAUGCCGUAGAAGGUGAUCCAAAAGAUGACAAUGUCCCAGAUGUUGAAGAGGACAAUGUCUUAGAUGUGAAAGGAAAACCAAUGUUUAAUGAAGACAUAUUGUAA